UCCUCCUUGGUUCGGUGCGAGUACUAGUACGAUGGGUAAAACUAGCCAGGCUCUCACUGCCCCCGUCCCAGAGACAACAGUCAAGCCUGUCUAUGAAUACACGCCAGAGCAAACAGCACAGAUCGCUGCUCUCGCCGACUACGCCCAGUCGCUCACCCUGCCCCCAUCAGAUCCAUACCACAAAUGGGAGCAACGCUGGCUUCAUAGACCAGACACCGCGCCUCGCUAUAUGCGCGCUGCAAAAUGGAAAUACGAUGAUGCCAUGCGCAGAAUAAAAGCCACCCUCGAAUGGCGACGUGACUUUAAACCUGACAUAAUCGCCCCAGAGGACAUCCGCAUUGAGAGCGAGACUGGAAAGAUCAUCCUCAAUGGUUUUGACAACGAUGGCCGACCGAUCAUCUACAUGCGUCCGGGGCGUGAAAACACAGAGACAAGCCCACGGCAACUUCGUCAUCUUGUCUGGUGGCUCGAACGCGCGAAAGAUAUCAUGCCACCAGGCCAGGAAUCGCUUGUCAUCAUUGUUGACUACAAGUCUACCACUCUCAGGACUAACCCUUCCAUCUCUGUCGCGCGCAAGGUUUUAACAAUCCUCCAACAACACUACGUCGAAACCCUUGGCCGCGCUAUCGUCGUCAACCUCCCCACCCUUUUAAGCUUCUUCUACAAGGGCAUUUCUCCCUUUUUGGACCCUGUUACGCGAGACAAGAUGCGUUUCAACCCCGACUUGUUCCAGCUCAUCCCACGCGAACAACUGGACGCUGAUUUUGGCGGAGAGUACGAGUUUGAGUUUGAGCCUGAGGCGUAUUGGGAACAGAUUGUAAAACACUGCGGCAUCGCUCCAGAUGGCACACGCCUUCCAGGCUACUUUGACGGACCAAACGGCAGUUCAGAGCACGGUUCCAUCGACGCAGACGACCAAUCACCCAACUCUGAGACCGAGGAGUCAGACUCGCAGGGCGCGCCUAUACCCGUGCCUCCUCCAGCUCAAGAUCAUGCCGAAGAACAUGAGCAGGAGCAAAAAGACGGCGGUGAACGGGGUGUGGAAAGUGCUGCUGCAUUGCUGCAUGAAUCCAAAGCCGACGAAUCUGUUCCAGACGCAGAUCCUAUACCUGUCACUGUUUGAUGGCAGUUUCUAAACGCGCGGAAACCGGUCGGAACCGUGGAGAAGCGUUGAAGUGGGAGGCGUUAGAUGCCUGUUAUGUCUAUUAUGAAGUGUCGCGAGAGAAAAGCAAAAAAAACAAAAUAGAGAAGAGAUAAGAGAUAAGAGACGAGUUGCUUGAGUAGAUACUACUAUUUUUUAUUGACCCGCCAGGGACCAGAGACUGGUCCGCUUCUCAUUCUUUACCAUAGUAGAGCUUUGAGACUAAUUUGUUAUAUCUUGUCAUCCAUGCUCAUCUUC